AUGCCGCUCAACCCCAAGAAGCCCUUCGAGCUCACGACGCCAAGGCUGCUAGAGGAAUAUCUCGCCAAGGGCAAGCAUAUGCUGAUCCAGGGUCGGGAGACGUACGGACAGAAGCUCUACCGGCUGUACUCAGACUUUGGUGAUGUGGUCGUGUUGCCCGCAGAGUUCAUGCCAGAAAUUCGGAAUAAUCCGGCACUGUCAUUCCUUGAGGCAGCUAACCAUGUAAGCAUUCCUCAAAGUAGAAGCCAACCUAUGAGGCCUCGGAUUCACUUGUGUGCGAAACCAUCGAUACUCACCAGACUUGAUAUUCUACCUAGGACGCUCACGGUCAACAUCCCCGGAUUCGAGCCCUUCUGCCUCACGAAGGAGAGCGUCAAUUUGAUCAAUAGAAACCUGACCAAGGUGCUCGCAAAGCUCACGAUGCCCUUGUCACAAGAGGCCACUACAGGACUGCAGGAUCUCCUGACAGACUCUCCAGAAUGGCAUGAAGUCAAGGCACAAGCUGAGAUCGGCAGACUCGUGUCAUGGAUGUCGACGAGAAUCUUCAUGGGCGAGGAGAUGUGUCGCAACGACGAGUGGGUCGCCGCCGUGUCCGAGUACACCAGAAUCUCCUUCUUCACCGCCAACGAGCUCCGCACCUGGCCCGACUUCCUGCGGCCGAUCGAGGUGCGCGCCAAGCUGCCCGCGCCGCGCCGGAUCCUCAAGCCGCUGGUCGAGAAGCGCAGGGCGCUCCAGGCAGAGGCCCUCGCCAGGGGGGAGGAGCCGCCCGUGUUCGACGACGCCAUGGGCUGGUUUGAGAAGGAGUACGGCCAGAACUACGACCCUGUCAUCGCGCAGAUCACGCUGUCCACCGUGGCCAUCGACACAACCACCGACCUGCUCCAGGAGACAAUGCUGCAGAUUGCGCGCCACCCCGAGAUCUUCCAGCCCCUCCGCGAUGAGGUCGUGGAGGCCCUGGGCAAGCAGGGGCUCCAGAAGACGUCCCCGUACAACCUCAAGCUGAUGGACAGCGCCAUCAAGGAGGCGCAGCGGCUCAAACCCAUCCUAAUCGGCAUCCGGCGCUCCGCCCUGGCCGACGUCGAGCUGUCCAACGGCUUCGUGAUCCGCAAGGGCUAG